UCGCCGACUCCACGCCGCAGUUAACGUCCUUUAUCACCAUCGUUACAGCGCAUAAUAAGUUGUCGUCGCUGUACAAUAAUAAUAAUAAUAAUAAUAACAAUAAUAAUAUUAUACUGUAGUUGUCGCGCGAUUAUAAAGUGAGCAAUAUAUAACAAUACGGUGGCGCACGCGACCGGCAAACCGCGUCCGGCAGCCGACGACGCCGCAUCAUCGCCAUCAGUAUCCGUUCGGUCACCGCUCCGCACGCACGCGCUCACGAUUCGGCGACGGUCGUCCGCGAGACGUUCAAAUUUUUUGGCAAAAAAAAUUCGUUCGAUUUUCAUUUUUCCCGCUGACGGCGGCAUAACAAUAAUAUGUGCCGGUGCCGGUGCCAGCCCGACGCGUUCGCAGUGAACCGCCGCGCGGUCGCGUUUAUCGCAUUAUAAUAAUAUAACAGUGCGCACCUCGUACUGCGCGUGUUUUCGGAAACGAAAAUUCGAAUUUCAGUUCGACCCUCCCCGCGUUCUUGUCGUUUUUUUUUCUGUGAUGUGCGGUUUUGCUUGUUUCAAUAAUAUCGAUAUUAAACACCACUGAUCUCCGCGUCGCAUCGCGCACGUAAUUUAAUAAUAUUAUUAAAAUUACACCAUAUUACAAUACAGUCAUCUCUUAAAUUUUCGGACGACUGGACUCCGACCUCCACAGAAUGAAGUGGCUCAGGAGUGACGGAGGACCCAUGUUCUACGGUUAUAGUAACCGUACACCGGUCACAGGUGAUGUGCAAAUGAUUACGACAUGUCUGAUUUUCGGGACGAUUUUCACAGCAUUUCUUAUCAUCUUCCCGGGUGUUCGCAAAGAAAGGUUCACCACCUUCACAACUGUCACCUUGAGUCUGUUCGUCGGAAACGUCAUAUUGUUGUCGAUAUUGGGUUCCAGUUGGCACGUGGCCGAGACAGUGAUCACGAGCGCUUAUCGAGCUCUUUCCAAAGAACUGAUCACAGCGGAACUUGGUGCUUACGUCGGACUUGGUCACAUCAACAUAACCCUGUGCGCUAUGCCGUCCGACAACUCUUCUGUACCCUUGGAAGACAUCAGCUUCAACGAACGUUUCUCUUGGCUGGGAGCUCACGAGAUGGGCGAAAGUUACCAAGCCGCCUUGUACCGGGGCAUGCCCUUCCCCAUACUGACUGUGGCCGAAUACUUUAGCCUUGGCCAAGAAGGGUUUGCUUGGGGAGGUCAGUACAGAGCCGCGGGAUACUACGGAAGCAUAUUUUUAUGGACAGCGUUUGUGUUGUGGUUCCUGAUGAACGUGCUACUGAUUGUCGUUCCGAGGUACGGCGCGUACACAAUGAUUGGCAUGGGAAGUUUUAUGGUCGGAGCCACAGUGGCCUAUCACAGCAUGCUCCCGUCGUCGCCUCUAGUCAUACGUUUUCAGGACGACAAGUUUUUACUGUUCAGGCUGGGCUGGUGUUUCUGGCUAACAUUGUUUACCGGGCUGCUGUGCAUUUCCGUCGGGUUGAUAAUCGUGGCCAUCGAUUGUGUGUACCCUCACAAGUUCUCCACCAUUCUCGAGGUGGACUUCGACACGCCGUACGACCGGCACAUCAUCAUCGAGGACAGCAUCCACCGGAAGAAACGCGUCGGCAACAAGAGUCUCGAAGAGCCCGAGGGCCUCGGCCGCAGGAUACUGAGGCGACUGUCGUCCAAGAAAGACGACGACGUCAACAACCACAUGAAACGCGCAGGCGCGGACAACCGUGGCUUCGAGUUGGAUCCGGCCCCUCCGAAUUCGCCGUGGAGGUUUCCGUACAACAGGCCCGCGGCCCAGGGGGUGAAGUUCAACAGGACUAUAUCGCAGGACUCGAUGACUAGCCAAACGUCCAACUUGGCAGUCGCUUUCAACAACCGUGACAAGAGCAGGCUGUCCAUAUUGAAAACGUCUUUGCCGCCCAUGAGACCGGCGCCCGGACAAGCAAUAGUGGUGGAUAGAGCCAAAGAAGUGUCCAUGUGGUGAAACUUCUCAAAAUAAUAUAAUUAUAAAUGUGCCAAGCAAAACGAUUUGUGAAAAUUUUUUUGAAGUCUGAUC